AUGUUGGUACCGGAAGUGCCACAUCCCCUACCCACGGCAGAUUUGAUCAACGCACACCAUCAGCGCCCCCAACGCAAGGACGAUAAUCCGGAACAAACUGAAUCUAACCUCGGAUCUCUUUGGGUCUCUCCAACCCAGUCAGAGCAGGUCAUUGACAGUAUCACAAAUCUUCUUUCCGUCACGGAAACAUGGCAUGAUGGAGAAAGCAUCAAAGACCACAUUCUCUACAGAAAUGGUACUCUCCAGGCCGACGGGUCAUAUCACUGCCCCUGGGAAGGUCAGGCGUCAUGCGAUCACGAGCCAACCUUGUACAAGGUGAACUACGAGCCCUUCCGGUGUUCCUACGAGGGCUGCGAUCGCUCCCUCGUUGGGAAUGGGUUCCCUCGCGCAUGGAACCUGCAAGACCACUUACGCCGUGUACACGGCGAUAAGGAGAGCGGACCGUCGCAGCUCAUGGACUCCCCUAGAGAGGAGACUCAAGCCCGUCCUUGGAAGUGCCCCGAUUCGGGUUGCAAGUACCACAAGGACGGCUGGGCCACAGAGAAGGAACUGAGCCGCCACGUUAACGACAAGCAUAAACUGACGCCUCCUAUCUACCGGUGCCAAUUCCCACCCUGCCCCUACAAGUCCAAACGCGAGUUCAACUGCAAGCAACAUAUGGAAAAGUCCCACGGGUGGGAGUACGGCCGUUCUAAGACCAGUGGCCGCAGAGACUCAGCCGGCAGCAUUAGAGGCUUCAAUCAAGGGCUGAGCAUGGGUUCUGCGCAGACACCUCUGAUGGGUGACACACCCCGACCAAGCGGCAACCGAAUCGCCCGCACAAUGACGGAUGCGCCCAGCGAUGCGCCCGCCAACACAAACCUGUUUGGAUCGUACCUGUCUUCCGACGGCUGGAGUGAGAGCGAUUCAUUCCUCGACUUCGACGACCACUUGCGCAACCUUGAACCGGACGAAUUCUCACUCCUUCCACGGCCGACUGAUGCCGGCGACGGUCCGCCGCCGGACGACCGGCCCGAGGCGAUGAGCAUAGCGCCCGUAUUGAACACCGGCGCGGCGCCGCCCUCUCUGCCCCCGCCACGGCAGGUUCCUCCCGUCCCAUCAUCCGUGAAUGAGCCGAUGCAGGGGUCUGAAGGGGUUGAUACGAACGAAGAAGCCUUGUUUAAGCAAAUUGGGGAAGCGAUGGGCAUACCGAUUGGGGAUGAUAUAACGCUGGCAUCGGCCGGGGCUGAAAGUCCGCGACCACGGCAAAACUGA